GGAAAAAUUAAACCCCCCCAGCUAGACGGACAUUAACCGUACGGUGGAAAUGCAGUUGCGAACAAUGUGCGUUUUUUGUGGUGUGCGGAGAACAGUGAGAGCGAAUGCGAAAGCGUGGUGAAAGAGAAGAUACAAAAGAGUUCGCCUCGAGGGGUUGAAGUGAUUUAAAACUGCCGUCCCAUUCGCUAUUUCUUUCGUGCAGCUUCAUCUCAUCUUAACAGCUUUUCUCGCUUCGGUAGUGCAUCGUUGUUGGUGAUUUUAUUUUUUCCAUUGCUUUCCGCACACAUUUGGCUUUGGCUUUUGGCACCCCGCUGAUGCGGGGGGAAUAGGUGUAUGGGGCUGUUAAACGCGCGUAUGUUACACUGUGAUGGUUCAUAUCGCUUACCACCACUAUCAACGAAAACGACGACGAAGACGACGACGACGUCGAGUGUGUGCACAUUCGCGAAGCAAACAAAAAAGUGAAUGUAAAAGUGAAAUAAUAAACUCUGUAAUAGUCAACAUUAUUUUGCAGCUAGGUAAAGGCAGAAAAUUCCCGCAGCAGUGAGUUUGUGUGCGUUCGGUGCUCGAAUCGUGGAAUUUUGUCUUGAUUGCACUGGAUGGAGAUUUCGUGUGAAAACGGUGAAUGACAAUCGGAUAAAAGGGAGCAACAGUGAACGAAGUAGUAGCGAAUUGAAAAUUGCCAACAUUUAUGAACAGCGCCACUUCCAGCCCGAAAGAUGAGUGCGAUGCGAAGCUUAAUAUUAUUUGCCUGCGCUGUUGUAGUGGUGUGGCCGGGAAGGACACACGCCCAAUCGAACUAUGCCUCGCAGGCCAACAGUAUUGAGUACCAGGGCGAAGGUCUGCCGGAAGAAGCCACCCUGGAUGGAAAGGUUACAAAGCUGGACGAUCUAAGCCCGAUUAUUUUUCUCAAUCGAACGAAAGCGGCCCUCAACUGUGCCGCCGGCUUUAUGCAGGUAGAGCUGAAGUUCAACGAACCGUUCUACGGUAAGGCGUACGCCGAUUACGAUCGUAACAGCGCUUGUCAGACGAGUGGUAAGGGUGAUCUCAGCUACCGUAUCGAUCUCCCACUGAAAGGAUGUGGAACGAAGCAGGGACCUCAACGAGUUUUCACGAACAACAUUGUGGUGCGGUUCCAUCCAGGUCUGGAAAUGGAUGGGGAUGAGAUCAUCACGAUCGUGUGUCGAUAUCCACCACCAGUUGCACCAAUUCCUGCCGGUCUUCCAGCUCCCAUCAUUAACGAAGCUGCCAUCGUUGAGCCACCACUGAAGGGUAUACAGAUCCUGUUCAUUAUCUGCGCCAUCAUGUUCCUGACGUUGCUGCUGCUCGGUUUGGGAGUGUCCUACUACUGCCUGCGCCGUCGUCCGAUUCCGAUCGUACGUCGUGUGGUACACGUUGGUAGCGGUUCCGAGAUUACUGCCCUCGAAAGCGGAAGUAUAGGAAGCGUAUCCGGAUUCAAGGUCCGACCGGUUGUUGCCGUGCCGCCUCCGAUACAGAGCUCCUCCGGCAGCGAAGGUGCACUGAUCCCGUCGGACUAUCCGAGUGAGUCACAGUCGGAGAACGAGGAGGUCGAGACGGGUUCGUUGCCGGUGAGUUCGCGCGGUAGCAGCAGUGCGUACGAGAAUGGCGCUUAUGUGCACGAUGGCAUGAGUCUUGCUUCGGGCGAUCAUCAUAUGCAGGCGUACGGGCAGACGCACGAGCUUCAUCUGGCCAGUGCUGCAUUGCCACCGUCACCCAAAUUCGACAUCCAGGUUCGGGUGAAACGAUCGCCCCCACCACCGUCCUCGCUGCCCUCGAUGAGUGGUUCCUCCAUGUCGGACACGGAGAGUAACAGCAGUACGCUUGUGAGCCAUGGCGGUGAUCGUAACAAUCUGUCGACGAUACUCGAAACGCAGGAAGACCGUGACAGUGUGAUGACGACGGAAUCGCUGGCUGCCGAUGGAGCUCAGUCACACUUUACCUACGUGCCGGAGUUGCAUACCGUUCCGGCACAUCUCGACUACCCGCCCAGUCCACCACCGAUGCCGCGCUAUAACACAACGGUAACCACGAGCACCAACCGACGCUGGCUGGAGGUACCGGACGGGCCGCGCGCCCACGACACACACUCGCUGACCGAGCUCGUGGACGCGUCGCACCUCUAUCAGCUAACUGGCACGCACGUCACUAGCCAUACUAACCGCGCCGAGGACGCGGUGCAGCAGCUGCCCGAGCCACCGAUCGCCGUGUACAAAAAGCCUGAACUCAAGUCUCACGUUGUAGAUGAUCUGUUCCUCACGACCGUCACCGAGCGCACGACCAUCGAGGACGUCGAGCGGCACAAGCGGCUGGUGACGGAGUACAAGGCACGGCCGGUGCCGGUACCGGCCCCACCGCCACCACCCAUCGAUCCUACGUGGGACGUUACGAUACGCAACUACGAGGCGCAAAGGCAGCGCCAGUGGGAAGACUUCUCGGAUGUGUCCAGCGCGUCCGGUGCACCGUCAAUUGCGUCGGCCAACAUGCCGGUACCUUCCUCGACCUAUCUGCCGAGUGCGUACGCCGCCGACGAGCUGCGAAGUCCCGAGCUGGUCGGUAACAUGAAGCCUGUAGACUUACCGCCGGAGGAUCGCUCCGUAUCGAACUGGGACGUGCUGAUCCGGGUGUUGCAGGAGGUGGACAUGCCGGACACAUCGAUCUCGACGGCCGCACUGCACACCGAUCUGCAUCGCUACCCAUUGCAGCGCCAGCUGAGCUACGACGACAAGCUCAAGUGGAAGGAGAUCAUCACGACUGAAUCGACGCUACGUACGAUGCUGUCGGAGGCAACGGUUCGGGAGGACUUCGAGCGGAUCCGUUCGGAUGCGCGUUACGAGAACCUGUUCGAACCACGCUCCUGGGACGUCAUCAUACGCAUCCUGGCGCCACCGGAGGACGUUGAGUUGCGUCAGUCGAAGCGCAGCAAGAAGCGCGAAACCUGGGACACUCGAUCACGUCGUAGCUCUCUGCCGACGCUGUACGAGUACGAUAGUGACGGUGACUCGUCCGUACGCACGAUCACCCAGGAACCACAGCUGGUGGUGGCAACGAAUAUGGGCUACGGUGCCCACGCAGGUUCGCUGGCGAGUGGUUCUCGUUCACGUCGCACUUCGCGUUCAUCGUACAACUCGAACAACAUCGAUAUGCGCUCCAUGUCCGAGGUGAUUGUGGACUUUGGACGGAUGAGUGGUGGUCCGGGCCGUUCCGGUAGUGGUGGAGAACCAUCGGAAGAGGGUAGCUCGUACAUCGUGUCGCACAGCAAGGCUUACUUCGAUGAUGAUGACGACGAGGAGGCACGGUACGAUCAGCGUUCGCUGCAGCGAUCGCUAAGCCAUCCGAGCUUGGCUCGCUCGGCUAGCGAGUUCACCGAGCGUUGGAUCAUCCCCGACGACCAUCUUGAUCUUCGUGCCGAUUCCGAAGCGAACAACUCGUCGGUUUAUGGUUCCGGCACGAUGGACAUGGACACGAGAACGACGUACAUCAAGCAGAGCCGCACGACGGUGAGCCGCGAACGACGCGACAACUGGUAGAAUGGAAGAAGGAUGCGAGCGGACGCUUUGCUCUUAUCUCACGUGCCAAGCUACCGAUCGGUCGCUCGCUACCAAACUGCUCGUAAUGGUUCGGCCUCCGCCGGACUACUGCCUAACUAACACUAACACUGCGAUACUGGAAGCAACCGUUCCUAGAUAUUACCACUGCUGCUAAGCGAGCGGCCGAUCGAGCGAACAAAUGUGAAUCCCUGCCCCCCGCGAUUAGGGCGAUAUGGAGGCAAGCUCACGAAGAUACACGCACCGCAUCGAAAUGGCGCCGAUAUUAAAUGUGUAUCUUUCGGAGCUUGCGAAAGUAGACUUAAGAUAGUAGAUUAAAUCGAAUUUGUUUUUAUGACUUUGCACGAUGAUUCUAGGGCCGCGUGAACUAGCGUUAAGUUUACUAGCCCCCGGAACCGAACAGCAAACAGUACUUAAGUGAAUGUUUUACUCGAAUUACUAGCUAAUAACACGACCACGCCACGGAUGGUGUGUAGCGAUAAAUGACUAAUACCUUUAAUUUUAACCACACAUUCGAAUCGCAAAACAUGCACGCAACGCGGCCAAACAAGGAGCAAACAAGGAACGGGACCGUACCGGUCGGCCGAAGGGACGAUACCUGUGAUAAUCGAAAUGAAAUUCUCCACGUCAUGCAACGUAGGUACUACACGCACACGGCAAUCGUAGCCGGGUAUUAGUCACAGCUUGUAGCGAACGCCGUAUUUUUUUUGCACCAUAUUUGUGAAACCGGCCGGUCACCGUUAACUCCUUCGGUUGUUGUUAGAAUGUGCAGCAAUCAAGUGGAUGGUACGCGGCUUAAUCAUCUCGGUACAACGUAAAGGGUGGUGGGUUUAAUGGGAAUCGAUUUUAUGCUUUUAUACGAACUACCGUCUUAGUAAUGUAGUGCAGCUUAGGAUGGAGCUUUACGCUUGGAGCACGUCACAGUGCUCACAUCCCCGUGCAAACUCGCUGAAUAAACUAACACACGAAUAUCUCACACGAAAUUAAACUUGUGUUUGUGAAA